CCUUAUCGGACUUUUCACUUAAUGGUUGUCGUUGCAUCACUUAACAUCAUAAGCCGAAGUUUUUUGUUGGAAGAAUCAACCAAGCCGCGAGUUAGACAGCUUUAUCAUGCCAAACCUCGGAGACGUUCUUCCUAAUUUUAAAGCCAAUACAACUAUAGGUGAAAUACAAUUUCAUGAAUGGAUUGGGGAAUCAUGGGCUAUUUUAUUCUCUCAUCCUGCAGACUUUACUCCAGUCUGCACUACAGAGCUUUCUCAAGCUGAACAAUUGGCGCAUGAAUUUAAUAAGCGUGGUGUAAAAAUGAUUGCGUUAUCUUGUGAUAGUGUUGAAUCGCACAACAAUUGGAUAUGUGACAUUAAAAAGUAUACCAAUGGUAGUUUUAGCUAUCCUAUUAUUGCUGAUCCAAAACGUGAAAUUGCAGUUUCACUUGGAAUGUUAGACCCUGAUGAAAAGGACAAACAAGGCAUGCCAUUAACUUGCAGAGCUGUUUUUGUAAUUGGGCCUGAUAAAAAACUGAAGUUGUCCAUUCUUUAUCCUGCUACAACUGGCAGAAAUUUUAAUGAAAUUCUUAGAGCUAUCGAUUCACUCCACUUAACGGUUGCCAAAAAAGUUGCAACUCCAGUUAAUUGGGUUUUCGGUGACGAAGCAAUGGUAAUUCCAACUAUUAAACCAGAAGAGGUAUCCACAUAUUUUCCCAACGGCAUUCGGCAAGAUGAAGUUCCUUCCGGAAAAGGCUACAUGCGAUUCACCACGGACUAUUGAUUCUUCAAGGCGUUUAUUAAACAUCUGAAUUUUUUCUUUAACUCUUUUUUUGUCACAUUUUGUAAAGUGUUUAUUUGUAUUUUGUAUUGUAACUGUCACAGUUUUAAAAAGUUAUUUUAAAAAUAAUAUUUUAGUCAAAAAUCUAAAAAAGUCUUAUUCAAUUAAUUAAUUUUA